UCUUCAUGUAGCUUUUGGCCGUUAUGGCAUCCGUACUCUUCCGUGCUUUUCGACAAAGUUUUUUUUCUCGUUUUUUUUUUCUCGUUUUGGUUUGGUUUGUUUUCCCUUUUCGAACCAGAAUUUGUGACAGGGGCGAUCGGUAUCCGAUCACCUCAAGAGGAUAGAAUCGCUUUCGUGCCAUGUCGCAUUAGCUGCUUUGACGUCGUCGUGGACCCCUUCUCGGCGCUUUCCCAAGGCAGUUAAAGGAAUGAUAGAACGCCGUCCGCAAAGAAAAGAAGAAAAAAAAGCAAGGAAUCGCUUAUCCCGUAUCUCCCUGGCUAUGAGGUUCGCCCCGUGUUUAAUCUUUCCGUUGAAUGUGUGUCGCCUUUCCCAUGCCCCUAGCUUCAAUACCAUGCCUUCCAGAAUAAAUUGCAGCUCCUGCGCCAAAAGGUGGGGGCGAAAUACGACAAAGAAAACAAAGAAAGAAAGACAGCCAAGACGAAAACCAACUGCCUCGAUGAAACCUGAACGCCGGCCAAGUAUCAUCAAACAUAGUCGUCCGAAUCGCAUCCAUCGCCAAAGCUGGCCGCUGCUCAGCAUGGGCAGUGCCGAAUUCGUAACGGCAGUUGAACCACGGCCGAAUGAGAGACGCCAACCAACUACUAAGCUUGGUCAAGGCCGGCAGCUAGUUGCCGAUGAAAAAUGCACAUGUGAUCUGAUGCAUCGACAAAUUUCGGAGGCUUUCUGGAUAGUCCCGAGGUGCCGUUCCUGUUGAAAUGACAGGUGGGAGGGGAAGAAAGGAAAACAAAAAGAAAACAUAAACCACAAAAGCCCAAAAACCCA